AUGAGCCUGACCUCGCGAGUGUUCGGCCUGUUCUCGACAGCGACUUCGGACUCAACAGCACCGCCUGCGGGGGACUCGAAUACCUCGACAUGGACACAGCAGACGCCAGUGGGUGGAACCGAUGAUUCAACCUUCACUGCUCGAAAUGGCGACCUCGCGCUGUUGGAGGACGAGGAACCUCGGCCGCCAUACUUACAUGCGAUGUUGGCCGGUGGUACCGGAGGAACAUGUGGCGACAUGUUGAUGCACUCAUUAGACACAGUCAAGACUCGACAACAAGGCGAUCCGACCUUUCCGCCUAAAUACACUUCCAUGGGCCAGUCCUAUUCAACAAUUUACCGCCAAGAAGGAUUCUGUCGCGGAUUAUAUGGAGGGGUAACGCCGGCCCUGCUUGGCUCGUUCCCCGGCACCGUGAUCUUCUUCGGCGUGUAUGAAUAUACCAAGCGCUUGAUGAUCGACUCGGGGAUCAACUCCAACAUCGCAUAUCUAUCAGGUGGCUUCUUUGCCGACUUGGCUGCGUCGGUUGUCUAUGUGCCAUCCGAGGUGCUGAAAACCCGACUCCAGUUGCAGGGCCGAUACAAUAACCCGCACUUCAACUCGGGCUAUAAUUACCGCAAUAUGCAAGAUGGGUUCCGUCAGAUCGUCCGCCAGGAAGGAUUUUCGGCAUUAUUCCACGGCUACAAGGCCACUAUAUUCCGCGACCUCCCAUUUUCGGCGCUUCAAUUCGCAUUCUACGAGAAAGAGCAAUCUAUGGCUAAACAAUGGGUUGGACAACGGGACAUUGGGCUGGGCUUGGAAAUAUUGACAGCCGCCACCGCCGGCGGUAUGGCUGGUGUGAUCACUUGUCCGAUGGAUGUGGUCAAGACACGCAUCCAAACCCAGCAAAACCCCUUAGAGCCCCCCGCCGGUUCUUCGGGCGCCAAACACACUGUUGAAAACGUACCGAAAGAAAGCCCACGGCCGCACACGUCGACACCAUCACAUUCCCACCCUUCGCGGGCACACUCGCGACCAAUCUCCACAUCAGGGGCAAACACAACAAUCCCACCGCCGGGUACACCCCGACUUGACACUUCCUCCGUGUUCACAGGGUUGAAGAUGAUCUAUCGAACGGAAGGUAUUGCCGGAUGGUUCCGCGGCGUGGGCCCACGCGGUGUAUGGACUAGCAUCCAAAGCGGGACUAUGCUGGUUAUGUAUCAGUACCUGCUCAAACAGCUCGAGGCUCACCAGAUUCUAGAAGAGUCUUAG